AUGGAAGGUGAGGAAGAUGAAGAUACUAAUGCUUUCGGUCCAACUCGUGGUACCAAUAAUGUGGAUUUAUUGGCCUGGUGGAAAAGUAAUUUCGGAGCUGUGGAACCUGAAUUGACAAAAAUUGUGGUAAGAGUUCUUUCUAUUCUUACCUCAUCAGCUUCAGCAGAAAGGAAUUGUGUUGAUAAUAGUGAUAUUGACAGCGGUGAAAAUGAAUUAUCU